GCUCAGAUGAGUUGAAUGUUAGCACCAAUCUUCCACAAAACUGUCAGCCUCUCUUCAUGCUGCAGCUCAUUUGGCAAAAUAUGGUGUUGCUCUGAACUCUCUGACUAUGGUUACAUUUCAGCCUGGGCAGCGUGCAUGAAUGAAGGGGCCAGCUCUGGAGGAGAGAAACAGGAACUGAUAUUCAAGAGAGCGAUCUUGCAGGACCAGAACAAGCCAGAAAAUAUGAUCCAAAAGCAGCAAGUGAUCCGGCUCACUUAUCUGAUCACAGCCAUGGACCUAACCUGCUUGUUCAUGCAGAUUGGGAUCAUUCCAUACUUGGCGAAGAGCCUUGGAUUGGAUUCAGUUGGAUUUGGCUACCUCCAGACAACCUUUGGCGUUCUGCAACUUCUGGGAGGUCCUAUUUUUGGAAGGUUUGCUGACCAGUAUGGCACCCGAGCUGCAUUAACUCUUUCGUAUCUCUCUGGAUCUGCCUUCUUUCUGCUACUGUCCAUCUCCACCAGCGUCCCACUUCUCUUCCUGUCCAGAAUUCCAUCCGUGUUCAUGCAUGGGCUACCAGGUGCUCAGAUGGUCAUUACAGAUCUGACUACUCAUGCUGAGCGUGCAGAUGCAUUAGGGAAGCUUGGACUUUGCUUUGGAAUAGGAGUAAUCAUUGGAUCAUCUCUGGGUGGGACACUCAGCACAAAAUUUGGCAUGUACUUUCCGUCGUAUCUUGCGGUAGUGGCAAGUCUCAUAAGUGCAGUGAUAGUAAUGACCUGUAUCCCUGCUCACACCAAACCAAAGUUGAAGGAACAAGCUACGCAGCAGCGCACAUCGCAGUCCAGCAGUGUGUUUAGUCUCAAGGAAAUCCUACGCCUGCUGAAGCUUCCGGGAGUAAAGGAAGUGUUCUUAAUCAAGGUCCUUUCCGGACUCCCUACAGGUUUGUUCCUGAUUAUGUUUUCCAUCAUCUCUAUGAAUUUCUUUGGGCUGGAGGCAGCACAGACUGGAUAUCUGAUGUCAUAUUUUGGUGUCCUUCAAAUGGUUGUCCAGGGUCUGGUAAUUGGAAGACUAACGAGUCGCUUUACAGAGAGGAACCUGAUCAUGUUGAGUGUUUUACUCUUCAGUGGAGUGGGCCUUGCUAUGGCGCUGAUGACCAACGUGUUCCAUUAUUGUGUCAUUGCUCUCCCCAUGGUAUUGGCACUCUGCACGAUGGGCAUCAUUACAGACAGCAUUCUCACCAAGUCCGUCCCUCCUUCUGACACUGGUGCCAUGCUUGGGAUAUGUGCAUCUGUUCCUCCCCUGACACGGACAGUGGGCCCAACACUAGGUGGAAUUUUGUACAAGAUGUUUGGAGUCUCAGCCUUUGGUUAUUUGCAACUGGCUGUCAAUAUAGCUCUGUUUUUGUAUAUUUUUAAGAAUAAAGUACCCCAGAAAGAGGAGAGAGUUCAGUAAUCCAGGCUACAUGUAAGUCUACUUUAUCUACAAAAACUAAAAUGUGCAAUGUUUAUAUAUCAGGACUUUUGCCUCCAUUCACCCAGAUUGAAAAUAAAAGCAGCCUUAAACCAGCA